CUUUCGCGGGUCGAAUCACACAUGGAGGAAAGUGAAAGAAAGGAAAGAAAACCUGAUGAUAAAGAGGCUAAAUCAACACAUGGAUCAAACCCAGAGAGCGCUCAGGAGCAGGCCCAAGCCGCAGACAGUGGAAGUCAUGACGGGGACGAAACUGACGUGUGCUCGGAGAAGUUUAACCCGCUUUUAGCCUUGUAUUCUCCCACAGUGAAGCUGCCAUUCCCAAAUGCAAGAUGUCUGAACAAUCUAGCCGCGUACGAGAGCGCUUUAAAAGGCAGCAGAGCCAGAGGAGCCAAGCCUGAAAAUGUGGAGAAACGGAGGAGAAAAGCCAUGAAAGGAGUGGUGGAUCAGGAGAGGAUAGAGAGGCUGAAGAAGCUGAUGGUAAACAACCCAACGUCUGAGUCUGAGGAGGGUGGAAACAGCGGCCCCCAGCGGCGAAGGAAGGUCAAAGCAGUGAAGAAUGUGCUCACGAGGAUGUCACUGUGCCAGGGCAGUCCUUUAGGUGAACUCAACAGAUUUGUUCAAGACCGAAUAAGAGUCCGAGUCCACAUCAGGACUUUCAAGGGGCUCAGAGGCGUCUGCUCCGGGUUCAUCGUGGCUUUUGACCGGUUUUGGAACAUGGCGAUGGUGGACGUGGAUGAGACUUACAGAGAGCCUCUUCUUGGACAAGCGCUCUACCACGAGAAAGCACUCACUGUUACAAGGUUGUUUGAAAAGCUGAAGCUGCAGGAAAACUCCGCCGAAGAAGAAACAACGAGAACAAGACAAAUGAAAUCAAAAGACGCUGAAACGUCGUCUACAACCAGCAAAGGAGACGCCCCGACCGACGCCUCGCCUGACGCCAGAGGUGCGGCGCUAAAUACGGUCCCCCCAAAAUACGGCAGAGUCCACGCGCGACACAUAAACCAGCUCUUCAUCCGCGGCGAGAACGUGGUGCUCGUCAGUCCACAGACGCUUUGAAACCAGACCAAAGACGCACCGUUUGGUAACUAUAGCAACGUAAUUGGUGAGAAGCUAAUUUAUUUUUGUAUUCUAAGAUGGAGUCACCUGACGAUCUUUAAGUUGAGAACGUGUGGGCCGUGUGAGCGAGGACGGGACAGAGGUUGUUGUUUUUUGUUUGUAUUCAUAUUUUUUUAUUGCAUUUUACCAUAUAUGUAUAUACACCCACACAUAAUGGAGAGAAAAUAAAUAAACAAAUAAGUAAAUAUGGUCAAAAUAAUAAGUGAUAAUAAUAAAAAGACUAAUACGGUUACAGGUUGAUUAGAAAAACAAAAUACAAACCACACAGAGCGGAUAAUAUGAGAAAUUGUAAAAUAUAAAAUAAAUAAAACGUAUCUACAUCUUUUUAGUGUCUCUUUCUCUUUACAGCCCAGUCGUCUCUGACAGGACGUUUUGAGCUCACGUUCACAUUUUCACCUCUCAGUUCCUGUCCCUUGAUUCCCGUGAUCUGUCCUUGUUCAUAUCGUCUCAACUUAAAGACGGUGAUGCCAUUUUUAUAGUUUGAUAAUGCAAAAAAUCUACUGCUUUGAACUGAAAAUAAUAGCACUAUUUCUUUAGGCUGAUGAGGCUCAGAGUAUUUUUGUUUUUCUAUCAAUGAAAUGUGUAAAAACCUGGCAGAAUCUCAGUCUAAUUUCUCACUUCUUGAGAAUCAAAUGACAACAAAUGUAUCAUAUUGAUAUAUUUUUAUUUCUGUCACUUAAAAAUGAUUUGAUUUCAUGAAAUAAAAGCCGCCUCGCUGCAACAACUUG